UCUUUCCAAUCUGAAUAGUCUUUGAUCUGUACUGAAGGUAAAAGAAAAUUGAUUUAAACAAACAAGUCGUUUUUUUAUAGUUUUGGUUUUAACCUUGUUUUGGAAUUAGAAAUAGGAUUUAGAAGGUGUUCAUUUGGACUUGCACAGUAUUCUGCAAAUUGUAAGAAGAAAGAAAAAUAGGCUUGAUAAUUUUUGGAUGCUGCUCUAAAAACUAUGUCUCAGCUUAGCAAUUUUCCAUCACCAUUAAGUUCUAGUGGACACUUUUUCCAUCGCGGAGGCAUACAGCAAUCCCCAGCAACAUUCAGCCCGCAUCUGCCGAACCAAGGACCCACGUUGUACAAUGGAAUGCUGGGUUCGCAGUCAGGUUUCCCUCAGAACAACUUCCCUGCCUCAAAUUUCAACAACUACACCCAUGUGGAGCCACCUGUGUGGUUGCCAGAUACACGGGUCUCUUCUGCAGUAACUAACAUGCCCCUCAUAAACGUGGGCAGAAAUAAUAAGCAACUGUACCCAGGAAAGGAGGGCAUUGCAAACGUUCAAAAUUUACCUCAGGCCUGUUGUGUGACCCAGUCGAGCGCACAGAAAAAUAUGGGUACAAACCUACCAUUUUCCAACGAUUCGUUCAAAGGAUUCGACAAGGACGUGACUUUUCCCGUCAAGAGCGUCGCGAAUCUCGACCCCCAAAGCUGGUAUUGCGGCCAAAGCGUCGUCAGCUACGGGAACCAACAAACCCAAAACGUCCAGCAGUCGUACAAGUGCGUCGAACAGUUUUCCUCGUGUCUCGUCGCCCAGAACAUGCUGCUGCACGAACAAAGCACGACGAAGCAGACUAACGUGAGCUUCGGCAACGGGCAGAGCUGCAGCCUGGAGCAGAAGGACGAGUUCUGCGCCAAGUUUUCGGAGAGGUCGGUGUGCCCGGAGCAGGACAAGAAGCAGCCGCAGAAAUAUUUCGACCAGAACGCCCAGCUCUACGGCCCCUCCGGUUACGGCGUGCACGGGAAGCAGACGGAGCAGCAGCAGCAGCAGCAGCAGCAGGAGUGCUACUCCAACCAGUCGGUGUUCGGGUCUUCCUCCGAGAUGUGCUCGCCCCUUUCCGCCGAAGGCCUGUACUCCCAGGCGUCGCUGUUCCUGCACGUGAACAACAGCGAGAACCAGCUGGCCUCCAAGCCGCAAGCCCAGUUCGCCAACCAGAAGCAGCUGCUGCAUUACGGCGGCUUCCCGGACAGCUGCAAGAUGUUUUCCCCGUCGGAGGGGCAGCUGCUGGCGUUCCAGCACUUCCAAGAGCACGACAAGGGGGCCGCAUACGUCCCGAUGGCGUGCGGCGUCGCCGAGAGCAGCGCGCAGCGGGAAGCGAAGCCAGCGACGAGCGCGGAGGUGAGCGGCCAAUCAGCCGUGCCGCAGCACGGGAGCUACGAGCAAGCGGCGGUCGCGAAGGCGUGUGCGGGUGGCCCGUACGGCGUGGGCGAGCUCGCGCAGAUGUGCCCCCCGGGCGUAUCAGUCGCGGCUGGAGAACAGCUGCACCGCCCGGACUGCAACGACGGCGCGAGGAACAAGGACGCUUCCAGCCUGGCAGGCGAGAGUGACAUCAUAGUGGAGGAAACUGAAGAGGAAGAUGUUUCUGAAAGUGAGAUCUCCGUGGACGAAUGCAUAAUCAAGUCGAGCUGUUUGGUUUGCGACACGGAAAGUGCCAGCAACCAGCUGGUGUACGUGAGCAAGGACAGUCCGGUGACCUCGUCGUCCCGCACUCCCGUGGCCGCGAGACUCGUCCAAGCCGUGGGCGGGGACGAGCAGGCGUUCAGCUUCUGCUCCGAGUUCAUGUGCAGGCGGUGCCUGAACCUCGUGGAGACCGUGGACACGCUGGAGACCAAGCUGACCACCGCGAAGCACAGCAUAGUGCAGCUUCUGGGCCCCAAGAUAUCGUCGGCGCAGCAGUGCAGUGGAGUGACAAGCGUGGAAAUAAAACAGGAUGUUGAUCAGGAGUGUAAGCUGGACGGGCAUUCCUCGUCCGUUGACAACUUGGGCGAUGAUGCUCAUGCAAGGAUUUUUGAGGAUAAGAAUGUGGCAGGCGAAGGUGUCGUUGCCGAUUUCCCAGAGCAGGCUGUCACAGUCGCGUGCGAUGGGGCAUUGGAUUACGAGCGCAGCGAGAACAAACGUGAUGCGGAGCAGAAAAAUUGCGACGAGGCAUUCAGCGGCGGUGGUAACGAAGAAGGAAAGGCGGACGAGAUGAGAGGAAACUUACGCUGCGAAACGUGUGGCGAAUAUUUCUGCAGCAACGAGUAUCUGUCCAUUCACCAGCAGCAGCAGCACUCCGAGGAGCACACUCACUUCUGCGGAGAGUGCCACAGAGGUUUCACGACCCAGCAUGCCUCGGACAGGCACGCCCUGCUUCACGCGGGCCAGCUCUGCUUCCAGUGCGACAGGUGCGGGAAGCAGUUCCGCCAGCGGUACAGCUUGGAAAACCACCUCCGCCGCCACGACGGCAGGUUCCGGUUCGUGUGCUCCGUCUGCGCGAAGGGCUUCGUCAGCAAGCACGCGCUGCAGAUCCACUUGCGGCUGCACUCCGGGGACUGCCCCUUCAUGUGCGAGCACUGCGGGAGGCGGUUCAAGUCCGCCUCCAACUUGACCGUGCACAUACGCUCCUGCUCCGGGGACCUCCCGUACCGCUGCAAGAAGUGCGACAGGAAGUUCACGCUGCGAGCUCACCUGCGCUCCCACAUCUCUGCCCGUCACGGCAACAACGCACGCGCCAAGUGUUCCCUGUGCAGCAAAGGCUUCUCGAGAAACAGCGACCUAGUUGCUCACAUGAAAAGUCACUCGAAAGAAAAAUUGCACAAAUGCAAUAUUUGUGGGAAGUGCUACAGCAGUGUCAGCAAUUUGAAUCAACAUUCGAAAAUACAUUUUGAGGAUAGGCUCUAUAAGUGUGAUAUAUGCACCAAAAAUUUCAAACACAAAAGUACGCUCAUCGAUCAUAUCAAUCAGCACAAAGGUUUGAAGCUUUACGAAUGUGAUAGUUGUAAAAAAAGGUUCGUGUCUGUGAGGAGCUUCCACGCACACCAGAAGUGGCACGCCGGCACGCUGAAGCGCUACACUUGUAAGGUCUGCGGCAAGACGAUGUUCAGCGGACUGAGCGUACACAUGCUGACCCACACACAGCAGAAACCACACAGCUGUGCAAAGUGCGGGACUACGUUUUCUGUGAGGAGUUCCCUCAACAAGCACAUCAGAAAGCAUUGCAAGAAAGUGUAGUUAUACUGUGAAAUAUAUUUAUUGAAGUUGUUCAUUGAUUUAUUGUGUGGUUAGUUAAUUUGUACACUUGGUAUUACGAUGAAUCCUUUAUUUGCAAUGAAGUCUCUCGUACCUAAAUUGGAUACAAACAAAAUUGUGAAUUUAAAAUUUUGGUUCCAUGGUUUGGUACAGUGUGUAAUCCGUAGAGACAACAUUAUAUGGUGAAUUGUAAUAAAACCUAAAUAACACAGAAAUGCAAGUAAAUACACAUAAUAGCACCCUAAAA